AUGGCUUUGUCAGCCAGUCGUGCACGAUCGUAUGUUGAUGCGACUGAUUUCAAUGCUAGAAAAGAUGUACAUCCAUCACUGUUCACAGCAUCAUCAAAUGUUCAAGAAAAUUUGGACGUUGUACAGGAGGCUUCUGAUUUGAAUUGCCAUGGGUUUGAUAGAAAUUGUCGUUGGUCAAAUACGAAUGAAGACGAACUGGACUGGAGAGUGCUAUUGUCUACACCGGAAGCUGAACCAUGGGUCAGUACGCUUCAAACAACUCAUCUUCCAGAUGCAACAGCAGCGGUACUUCUAUCCGCUGAUCGUAGUGCAUGGGAUAGUGGACAACUUGUUUCCGAUUUGUUGCCAUGCAUUAUAUCACCAUUGCAACUGACCGCUACAGUUUGGCGAUCCUCUUCAGAUGGACCAUUUCAUCAACAACCAAAUUUGCAGAUUUGUAGUCGUAAUAUGCAUGCCGAUCAACCCUAUUCAAAUUGUAUCCUGUUUCCCAUACAAAAUGGCAUACCGGUUACCGUGCGCAUACCCGAACCACGUGAUCCCACUACACCUGCCCAGAUUGUUUUGUUGGGUGAUAAUUUUGUUAGAAAGCAUGGUAGUGCUAUAUUUGUUCAAGAUAUCAUUGUGGAUGGUGAUCUGGUACCAGAUUGCACCAUAACAACACCAUAUACCACCGAACAUUUCAAUAAACCACAGCAUCAACAGGCUAGACGCUUGAUUCCUUUGCAUAACUUCCAUGAUUUUACCAAUAGUCUUGUCGAAGUUCAAGAAUUAGAUCCCACGCAAAAAAUAGCCAAUCUACGUCAACCAUCGACAUUACAAUCUGUUCCAUCUUUAUUACCGGAUUCUGAAUCCCUAAUGGUUCAAUGUUUGAAGCUGUCCUGCAAUCCGGCUGAGAGAAACUGUGACUGGCAAAAUGGCAUUGCUGGAUGGAUGGCUGCGACUGGAACUGAUGGCUUUUCAAAUCCGUUGACUGGUAUUAUGGUACCACCUGCUGGAACAAACGCAUUCCUGAUAGCAUCCUAUAAUGAUGAUUCCAAAAAUCCUAUUCGCCAAAUUAUCAGCCCACUGAUAAGUAUUUCAACUGCACCACAACCUAUACACUUCUGUUUCUAUGAAUAUUUCGCCCUUGAAGGAGCACGCUUUACAAUGUGUACUGAUGAAUUUAACCAAAGAUGCUUUUACUCGAAAACUGAUAUCUCCAAGGAUGGCCAUUUACAGGAAAGCAGGCAGUGGAAUUUUCAAUGCACCGAACUACCGAGUGGAACAUACAAGAUAUAUGUUUCGGCAGAAAACAACGGGCCAAAUCAAGGCGAUAUUGGUUUCGUACCAUUACGAUUAAGUCGAGAUAUGGAUGGAAAUGAUCCUAUCUGCUGA